CCCUGACAGCUGCUCCUUGGGCCUCCAACUCUAAGCCCUGUCUUCCCUCUGAGCUUGGCCCGGACUUAGGGCAGCCUGAUCCCUUGGGGUCCUGCCUUCACAGCCCCAGCAGGACCCUGUGAGUCGUAGGGGCAAGGAGUGGGACAAACCCCAGGUGGGAGCAGGGGAUGGGGUUGCCCUCCACUUGCCAUCCUUUCUCUACCCAAAGCAAGGGCAGGCCUGUCCAUCCUUCUCUCUGGAUCCCCUGUACCUCCUCCCACCCGCCCAGGAUCAGACCUAGGGGCAGCUGGUUGGGGUUUGUCGGGAAGGAUUAUCCAGAUCAGUCCCUCUAAUCUCAGCUCCUACCUGCGCCCUCCCCAUAUUCACCGUAGCCCUCCUCCCCCACCACCCCGAGCUAAGGAACAAAGUUUUGGUUAUUGACAAUGGGCCAUCUCUCACCCUCACAUUCUGGCUCCUGGACUGGUUGUUAGGUAGGCUCUGACUGCCAGAUCAUCACCAUUGGUGGGGCCAGGGCCUGGGGGGGCCACUGGGGCUGUGGUUCUACUGCUCCUCUGCACCCCUCCCAACCCCAGCCCUUAAUCCUCACAGCUUUGCUCUAAUCCUACGGGGCCUGAUGCUCUUCUCUCUGCCCACAGAGAGGCUGGCCAGGGAAGCACCCCUUCAACCCCUCCUCCCUCCGGGGCUUGUUGUGGGGGACUGCUCCUCUCUAUAGCCCCAUACGCCUGCUCCCCGCCCUCCCCCAGGCUGGACCCAAGUCUCUGGAAGCCACACACCUCCCUCCCUGUCCUCCCCCCCAACCCCGACCCCGACAGCUGAUUUCAUUUGCCUGACGUAGUUGGCCCUACCCUUCCCUGUCAUCCCCCCCGCUCCCCCGCCCCCCAGAGUCGGGGCCAGGCCAGGCCAGCUCCUCCAGCAGCAGAGCUGGGGCAGGUGACGGGCGGGCAUCGCCGCUGAGGGAGUGAGGAGGCACCUGGGAACUGGAGCUGGAGACCUGGGAGAGGUCCAGGCAGAGCCCAAGUAAGAGGGAGCUGGCCUGGCUCUACUCUCUGGGGCUGGGGGCUGCAGGGAGGGCUGGGGCAGGGCUGGGGCUGGCUGCACAGGACCCCAAACUUGCAGAGGCUAGUGGUGGAGGUGCUGCAGGCCACCCAGUCAUGUCCCCAUUUCUUGUAGUGGGCUCCAACCCUCAUGAGGAGUCUGGUGUGGGGUGUGAGGGACAGAAACGUGGCCAGGGGGGCUCCCCCUACACCUACUCCCUGUUCCUGGCAGGAGCCGGAGUCACCCCUCAACCCGUCAACCAUGGGGGAGAUGGAGCAGCUGCGGCAGGAAGCGGAGCAGCUCAAGAAGCAGAUUGCAGACGCCAGGAAAGCCUGUGCUGACAUUACUCUGGCAGAGCUGGUGUCUGGCCUAGAGGUCGUGGGACGAGUCCAGAUGCGGACACGGCGGACGUUACGAGGACACCUGGCCAAGAUCUAUGCCAUGCACUGGGCCACUGACUCCAAGCUGCUGGUAAGUGCCUCGCAAGAUGGGAAGCUGAUCGUGUGGGACACCUAUACCACCAAUAAGGUUCAUGCCAUCCCGCUGCGUUCCUCCUGGGUCAUGACCUGUGCCUAUGCCCCGUCAGGGAAUUUUGUGGCAUGUGGGGGGCUGGACAACAUGUGCUCCAUCUAUAGCCUCAAAUCCCGCGAGGGCAAUGUCAAGGUCAGCCGGGAGCUCUCUGCUCACACAGGUUAUCUCUCCUGCUGCCGCUUCCUGGACGACAACAACAUUGUGACCAGCUCAGGGGACACCACGUGUGCUCUGUGGGACAUUGAGACUGGGCAGCAGAAGACAGUGUUUGUGGGACACACGGGGGACUGCAUGAGUCUCGCUGUAUCUCCUGACUUCAAACUCUUCAUUUCGGGGGCCUGUGACGCCAGCGCCAAGCUCUGGGACGUGCGGGAGGGGACCUGCCGGCAGACUUUCACUGGCCAUGAAUCGGACAUCAAUGCUAUCUGCUUCUUCCCCAAUGGAGAGGCCAUCUGCACGGGCUCGGACGAUGCCUCCUGCCGCCUGUUUGACCUGCGGGCCGACCAGGAGCUGACCGCAUACUCCCAUGAGAGCAUCAUCUGCGGCAUCACGUCUGUGGCCUUCUCCCUCAGCGGCCGCCUGCUUUUUGCAGGUUAUGAUGACUUCAACUGCAAUGUCUGGGACUCCAUCAAGUGCGAGCGCGUGGGUACCCUCUCUGGCCAUGACAACAGGGUCAGCUGCCUGGGGGUCACAGCUGAUGGGAUGGCUGUGGCCACUGGUUCCUGGGACAGCUUCCUCAAAAUCUGGAACUGAGGAGGCCAGGGAGGUAAAAGGCCACGAAGACACUCAGCUGCCCCCUCCCCUGCCCAAUUUCUGUAAGGUUUUCUUUUCUCUACCCCAGCAGCCAUUCCCACCAAGCUUUCUCCCUUAAGGGCAGUGGGGAACAUGGGGAGUGUGCCUUUGGGAGGCAGAAUCAGGGACACAGGGGCAAGGAACUGCCCCAUCUCCUCCCAUGGCCUCCCCUCUCCAUGGUCCUGACAGCUUUUCCCUUAAUGAGCAAGGAUAACUGACCCUCCCCAGCCCUUGGCGGCCUAGCAGCCUUCCAGUCUGAGCCCCAGGCCCUGGGAUUCCUCCCCUAGAGCCACUACCUUUGUCCAGACCUGAGUGGCACAGGGUGCUCAGCCCCAUGACCAUGGCUCUGGCACCAUUAGGGUCCCCUUCUCUUUCAUGCUUUCUCCUUCCUCUACCUUCUUUUUUUCUCUCCUAAAGCAAUUGCAAU